AUGGCAAAGACAUAUAAGCAGAUGAAGGAGGCCUGGGUGUCUGGACACACCGGAAGCUCCGUGGCAGACGUUAACAGCGUCUCACUCGCAAUGCCUCUGAGUAUUCUACUAUGGACCGUCAUACAGUCGCGCAUGCGCCUCUUCACACCCUAUACUCCACCUGCCUUCUUGGUUGACUUCCUGCUCAACUGCGGAGCCACGUUAUUCGCGACUACCAUAUACUCCCAUUCACCAUGGAUCCUGAACCUCCUUCUACUACUGCCAGCAAUCACGCUCUACGUAUUCGAGAAGCCGGUCGCGGCAAAAGAUACCCCGCGACCACCCAAGAUCGAUAAAUCCGAAAAGGACACGAAGCUCGAUGCGCUCCCAGUGAAGCCGUUCAUUACGAAUUACCGUGGCGCAAUGAUGGUCAUAACGUGUGUUGCUAUUCUGGCAGUCGACUUCCGCGUCUUUCCUCGGCGUUUCGCAAAAGUAGAGAAUUGGGGUACAUCGCUCAUGGACAUGGGUGUGGGAUCAUUCGUCUUCACGGCUGGUGUAGUAUCUGUCCGGGCUUCUCUCAAGCAAGGAGCUGGUCGUCAGCCGCUAUCGAAGCGCCUCACGGCAUCGGUUAGGCAUGCCAUCCCUCUUCUGGUCUUGGGCACUAUACGGCUCAUCUCCGUCAAAGGACUGGAUUAUGCUGAACAUGUUACCGAAUAUGGUGUACACUGGAACUUCUUUUUCACCCUCGGUUUCUUGCCCCCAUUUGCGGCUCUCUUCCAAUCGGCCUUUGACUUGGUACCAUCCUAUGCCGUUCUUUCUUUUGUUCUGGCUGCUGCAUAUGAGAUUGCUUUAGACUGGACCUCGCUCGGAUCCUUUAUACUGGUAGCUCCACGGACGGACCUCUUCUCUCAGAACCGAGAAGGCAUCUUCUCUUUCUUUGGCUACCUCGCCAUCUUUCUUGCAGGCCAGUCCUUGGGUGCGUCCGCACUACCAAGACAACAGCCGAUCGCAAAGAAUGCAUCAUUCCAGGUUAAGCUCCAACAAUCUACGUUCGGCAAGCUGAUUAUGACUUCUGUAUUUUGGACAGCCCUCUUCUAUUUCUCAACCAAUUAUUACGGUCUGCGACUCCCCGUAUCGCGACGUCUAGCCAACCUCCCCUACUUCCUCUGGGUCUCCUCGUUCAACAGCUACCAGAUCACCAUCUGCUACGCUAUCGAGAGUUUCCUCUUUCCAAACUUGUACAAUGCCAAGACCAAAGAGGAGGAAUCUCGGAGAAGUAGAGAUGCUACUAGCACUAUACUCUACGCCUACAACCGUAAUGGUCUAGCAGUUUUCCUUGUAGCGAAUCUACUGACCGGUCUGGUUAACAUGACAUUUCCAACCUUGCAUAUGACUGUUUUGCAGUCUAUGGGAAUACUGGUCGCAUACAUUGCAGCAGUCACGGCAGUUGCAGUGGGUCUGGAUAUGUACAACCUCACCAUAAAGCUUUAA